CUCGGGAUCUUGUAUGUACCCUUCUUAAUUUCAAUUUGCCUCAUUGUAUAUAUAUAUAUAUAUAUGGAUGAGCCCAAAAACUCAACUAAUAUGCACCAAUCAAACCAACCCCUUCAGCCACUAGUGCACCCAUUUGACCAAGUCCAACAUUCUCUGCAUUUUCAAACGUGUGAAACCCCCUCUGGCAAGCCACUUAAGUCUCCAAAGCCCACCAUGGCCUCAAGCUCUACCGGUAGACACCCAAUGUAUAGGGGAAUCCGGUGCCGGAGCGGCAAGUGGGUGUCCGAAAUCAGGGAGCCACGUAAGACCACGCGCAUAUGGCUCGGCACGUUCCCGACCGCGGAGAUGGCGGCUGCCGCCUAUGACGUGGCGGCGCGAGCACUAAAAGGCGAAGAUGCAGUGCUCAACUUCCCGGAAUGGGUUGGUUCGUACCCGGUUCCGGCCUCUGCGUCUCCCCAAGACAUCCGCAGUGCCGCCGCAGCCGCUGCAGCAUUGAAGAAGGCGGAUUCGAGUGGCAACCCGGCGCUCAGGCAGUCGCGGAACGACGAUAACGCUAUGCAUGAUGCUGGUUUGACAUCUUGGGGAGAGUUUGUGGAUGAGGAGGCCAUAUUCGGGAUGCCCAAUCUGCUAGUGAACAUGGCGGAAGGAAUGCUGGUGUCCCCGCCGAGAAUAAACUCAUCCGAUGAGUACUCGCCGGCGGGAGAUUCAGAUGGAGGAGAAACUUUAUGGAGCUAUAUUUGACAAUGCUCUCUAUAUUCAAUUAGUCAUCCAAGUAAAUGUACGAAAUUUUUGAAAGUAAAAAACAAAAAAAAAAGGAGUAGAUCGAAGAAAGUACAACAGCUAGGACAUGGACAUGGCAGCGUGUUACAUAUAUGUAUGUCUGUCAUCAAAUAUAAAAUAUGCAAAAUAAGAAUUGAUCCAUUGGAAAAUAUGAUCACACGUUGGAGUUUUUCGACGAAGGUAGUGACUUAGGUGUUGGCUUUGCUUUCUUUUUCUUAUGAGUGCAUGUACCAUACUGUGUUGGCGUCUUCUUUGUGAGAUUGAAUAGAUUAUGUUUGGAUGUCAUUGUUUUA